AUAUAUAUAUAUGUUAGUAAACUAGACAGCAGAAAUGUUCUGAAGAAUGGGAACUUAAUUGGUCGUGAUAUAGUUGAAGUCGAGAUAUAUAUAUAUAUAUAUUUGUAAUCCUAGUGAACGCCCUCAAUCAAGGCGUUUGGAUCAAAACUCAGCAAGUUCGUUUCGUGGCGAAAACGCCAUCGGAAACCGUGAGUAGCUAACGUCAGCAAGAUAUUGCCUGCACAAUGGUGCGUGCAGCGCUGGUAACUGCCACCAGUCUGGCUCUGACUGGCGCUGUGAUUGCCCAUGCCUACUUGCUCAAACACCAGUUCUACCCCACUGUGGUCUACCUCACCAAGAGUAGCCCCAGUAUGGCAGUGUUGUACAUCCAGGCGUUUGUGUUGGUGUUCCUGUUGGGAAAGUUCAUGCGUAAAGUCUUCUUCGGGCAGCUGAGAGCUGCAGAGAUGGAGCAUCUGAUAGAGCGAUCCUGGUAUGCUGUCACAGAGACGUGUCUGGCCUUUACCGUGUUCAGGGAUGACUUCUCUCCCCGCUUCGUAGGCCUCUUCACCCUGCUGCUCUUCAUCAAGUGCUUCCACUGGCUGGCUGAGGACAGGGUGGACUUUAUGGAGAGAAGUCCUAAUAUAUCCUGGGUCUUCCACUUCAGGGUGUUCUCUCUGAUGUUGUUGCUGGGAGUCCUGGACUUCCUGUUUGUCAACCAUGCCUGUCACAGUAUCAUCACACGAGGGGCCUCUGUCCAGCUGGUCUUUGGAUUUGAGUAUGCCAUCCUGAUGACAAUGGUGUUCACCACCUUCAUCAAGUACACCCUCCACACUGUCGACCUCCAGAGUGACAACCCCUGGGACAACAAAGCAGUCUACAUGCUCUACACCGAGCUCUUCACUGGUUUCAUCAAGGUCCUCCUGUACAUGGCGUUCCUGACCAUCAUGAUAAAGGUGCACACCUUCCCCCUAUUCGCCAUCCGGCCCAUGUACCUGGCUAUGAGGCAGUUCAAGAAAGCUGUUACGGAUGCAAUAAUGUCACGGCGAGCAAUCCGCAACAUGAAUACACUUUACCCAGAUGCCACUCCUGAAGAUCUGCUGGCUUCAGACAACGUGUGUAUCAUCUGUCGUGAAGAGAUGGUGGCUGGAGCCAAGAAACUUCCCUGCAACCAUAUCUUCCACGCAAGUUGCCUUCGCUCCUGGUUCCAGAGACAGCAGACGUGUCCUACAUGUCGUAUGGAUGUCCUCCGGGCCUCUAACCCAAACCAGCCUCCCGCCCCAGCGCCUGCCCAGCCUCCUGCCCCGGCAGCACCUGUCAACGCCCCUGUUCCUGGUCCACCUGGGAACGUUGGCCCUGGAAUGAUGCCCCACUUCCCCCCAGGGCUGUUUCCUUUCUGGGGGCCCUUCCCUGGAGCGGCCCCCCCUGCUGGUGCUGCUGGCGCCCCAGGGGCCACAGAGACCCCAGGGGCCACAGAGGCAGCUCAGACUCAGGGAGCUGGCACCACUGGGGCCAGUACAGUCGGUGCUGCUCCUGCUCCAGGAGGCCCUAUGCCUGGGUUCCCCUUCCACUCCUUCCCACCCCCACCGUUCCCCUCAGCUCCGUGGCUGACUAUGCCACCACCACCUCCACCGUUUGUGUCCUCCAUGCCCCCUCCUCCCCCGGCCCUGUCCACCAUGUCAGAGGCUGAGCUGAGGGAGCUGGAGCAGCAGGGCCGUAGAGGCCUGGAGGCCAGACUGCAGUGUCUCCACAACAUCCACACUCUACUGGAUGCUGCCAUGCUCAACAUCGACCAAUACCUCACUACCGUCGCCACACUCAUUCCUCCUCAGUCAGAAACCAGCAGCGCAGCCAGCGGAUCAUCUCCUCCCUCCACUAGUGCAGAAACCCAGGAGAACCAGGAGAACGACUCUCAGAGCAGUACAGCCGCUGAACCUGAAGCUGUGAAUGGGGCCACAGGUUUCUCCCAGCCAGACUCUACCACGUUGGGCGACAGUGAAGACCAGGGGGAUGGAGAGGAAAUCGGGGAAGACGGAGAGCCCAACCCUUCAGAGCUGAGGCGCCGUCGUCUCCGCAAACUCGAGACCACACCCCCUCCUCCUGACCACUAAAACAUGCCAACUGGUGCAUUCUGGGAACUGACUUAUCAAUCAAUACAUUUGAUGACCAAUUAAUAAUUAUAGCUGUAUUUUAUUUCUCUCCUUUCUCUUCCUGACUGUGUUUUGUGUUGUUUGAACUCAGACAGCCAAGAGAGAGGAGGAAGGACCAACUUGUUGUUCCACAACCUUUUUGUUGUUGUUGGAACACAUAAAAGUAAGAUUAGAAAAAGAAAAUACUGCCUGACAUCUUAUGAUCCAUAUGCAGGUUUUGUGCCCCCCCCCUCCUCCCGUUUACCCAAUACUGAGGAGUCCUAUUCAACACACAGACCGGACUUCUUCAAAUACACACCUGGACUGAGACUGGACUUCUUCAAAUACACACCUGGACUGAGACUGGACUUCUUCAAAUACACACCUGGACUGAGACUGGACUUCUUGAAAUACACACCUGGCCUGAGACUGGACUUCUUGAAAUACACACCUGGCCUGAGACCGGACUUCUUGAAAUAUACACCUGGCCUGAGACCAGACUUCUUCAAAUACACACCUGGACUUCUUCAAAUACACACCUGGCCUGAGACCAGACUUCUUGAAAUACACACCUGGCCUGAGACCAGACUUCUUGAAAUACACACCUGGCCUGAGACCAGACUUCUUGAAAUACACACCUGGCCUGAGACCAGACUUCUUGAAAUACACACCUGGCCUGAGUUCUUGUUCAGUGAUGACAAAGUGAACAGUGUUUCUAAAUCUCAGGUCACUGGUACUUGUCCUUCCGACUGUGAAAGGUUACUUUCUCUUCUUCUUCUUUCCCCCGUGACUAUAAAAUUGAUCCUCCUUAUUGUCCAGCUUGUCAGACCGUGUUACAGGGAGGUCUGACCCAUUGACUUAAAGGAAGCAAUGUUAAAUUUCAAUCUGGCUUUGUCUGUAAUGGUACCCCAUUCCCUAUGUAGUGCAUAGGUGUCUGGUCCAAGUAGUGCACUUCCUAGGGAAUAGGUUGUAGCCAUAGCGUCCCGAGUGAUGGACGACUUAAUACCCUCUCUGGGAUAUCAAGAUUUUGCUGCAGGCGUGAGCAUUAUAACUUAAUAAGAAAUUGGGUUGAUUUAACCUGUACAUACUGUAAAAAAGUAGUUUUACUAGGGAUGACCUGUACAUACUGCAGAAUAAACCAUUGAAAUGUAACGUUGCUGUUAUCAGAGCUCAGCAUGCAUGUCUUUGUUGGUAUGUACUACAUGGAUGGGUUCACUAUCAGGAAUAUUCAUCUGUGUUGUCCAGGAAAGACAGACUAACACGAACUGUACUCAGCUUGUGGGAAAACCUAUCGCAUCUGUGUUUCCCCUCUUAAAUGUUUUCACAUUUACUAUAUAGUGUUAGUGUAGGGGCUCGAUUCAAUCAAUACGUAGCACUGUCGAUCCGCUUUGUAGCGCGAUUUGACAAAAGGCAAUGUUCCCGCAGUCGCAGACUGCUUUCACGGUAGAUGCUGCGUAUCUCGGCUCAAACGGAAAAUACCUUAAUUUUAACGCGGAUCUUAAGCGAUUUUUAAAAAAUAUAUAUUUUAUUUUUAUGGAUUGAAUCCAGCCCUAAACUGGGGAAGGCGCACCAACCUAGAAGAAAUUGCCCACUUCAGUAUUUUAAUUCACAUUCGAUGUGUUUAUUGUAAUUACAAGAGUAACAACACCGAUCUCAGUAUAUUCUGUUUAAGCAAUAAAGCCCCUAGAAAAUUCCAGUAUAAAAUGGAUGCCGGUGAGAAGGAAGAGGUAUUUGUUCCAUAAAUGCUAAAACAACAGGUGAUAUCUGAUUUUAAAUAAGUUAACUUCAAUGUACAAUCACAGAACAUGACAAACGAAUCUACUGUUGUCUCCAUCACUUCUGGAAGUGGUCACACCGACGUUACUUUUAGCUUGCCGGCAAGUAGGAAACAAUACCUGUAAAAAAAAAAAAUAAUAAUAAUAACUUUUGGUCCUGUCAGAAAAGUUUAAAAAUAAACUUUCCAUAGUGGAAUGAA